AUGAGGGACCGACUGAGCAACAUGCAGCAGUUGUCCACUAAUUACGUGGAGCCGAUGGAGUACGCCGAUUCGGGCACGUCGGACACCCUGAGUAAUGUGGACCUGGAGGAUGAGCUUCCCCAUGAGGCAGUUGUGUUCGACAACAGCCCCGCUUUAUCUAAGAUUUUUGAGCAGGCGCAGGACAUCCACAAAGACAUCCAGCUCAUUCGUCUGGAGGUGAAAAGGCUCCGGGAGCAGAACUCUCGCAUGUUCCAAGGUGUAACCACCAUGAGCACUAUCAAAAAGGACGCGAACGCCAUCGGCGCUGAUAUUAAAACAAGGGCCGAGCGCGUGUUGUCGAACCUGCGGAACAUGGACAACACGGCCUACAAGCUAGAAGAAGUGCACGGCCCCAAUUCUGCAAUCACGCGCAUUGCCCGAACCCAAUACGCCUGCCUUAGCAAUGGUUUCCGUGACGCCAUGUUUGACUAUAACGAGGCCGAAAUGAGUCACCGAGACAACUGUAAAGCGCAAAUCCAAAGGCAGAUGGAGAUUGUAGGGCGGGAGGUGACAGGCGAGGAGGUUGAGGAGAUGAUAGAGAAAGGGCACUGGAACACCUUCACCGACAACAUCAUGGCGGAAGGCAAGACAGCUCGCACGGCUCUGUCCCAGAUCGAGAAGCGCCACCAAGAGCUGGUGGACCUGGAGAACCGCAUCAAGGGCGUUCACGAGAUCUUCCUGGAUGUCGCUCUGCUGGUGGAGGACCAGGGUCCCAUGCUGAACUCCAUCCAGACCAACGUUCAGAAAACGGACGAAGUCUUGCAGGAAUCGCUGGUCAAACUCGGCAAGGCCAAACGUCAUGACAGGAGCAAUCCAUUUAGACAGAUGUUUUGUAGUUGCUUCCCAUGCUUUAACUAG